UGCAGAACGGCAGCGCGUAGUAGCGCAUGCUGAUAGCCGCCCCGCUAUCGAUCCAUCCGCGCCCCCGAGCUUUCUCUCGUUUCUCCUCACAAGCCUCGUGAACGUCGCUACCGAGCAAUCGUCCCGGCACAAUCUUAUAAUAAUUCGGGCGCGAUUCUUAUUCCCGUGUAUAACAGUAUCCGUGUCCCCUCUCUCUCUCUCUCUCUCUCUCUCUUUUCGUCUCUAUCGCGUCCUGUCAAACGGUCAUCAGGAGGACGAGAAGACGAGCAAGCAUCGGCAACGUUAUGGCACGACAAGGCGAACACUGCAGGGCGAUUUUCCUACUCUGGUGUGUCUCGGGAAUAGCAUUCAGUAUCCCCGUCCCUUCGCCGAUACCACGACAAGUGGACGAGCAACGUUACACCACACGUAGAGCGCUAAAAGUCUAUGUAGAGAUGCCUACUCAAAGAACGAGAUUGCCUUUGACGAUAGUCAAUUCCGAAAUUAAAACAACCACGAUCCUGCCCUCAACUUCUACGACUUCUACGCAUAGAUCGGUCUCAAUGGAUAAACCCUUGUAUCGGCUGGACAGAAGCAACGGACAAGCUUGUAUUCUUCUUCAAGUAGAUGCGAUUAUUGCCGUCAAAUAUCGCACUAAAUAUGGCGAGGAUCAGGAAGUGGAUAUAUACGUACCUGAUGAUGCGACCGUGACCGGAAAUUGCGACAAUGAAAAUACGGCGACAAUGUCCUUGAAGUGGAAUGCCUUUGUAUUAUCUUGGAGUUUCGCCAAGACACCUGGUGGCGAACGCUGGUAUGUCGAGAAAAUUGAAUUGACCUACAACUCCAGCGACAAACACUUUGAGCACGUUGAUCAACCAAACAAGACUAUUCGAGUGAGCACCGGGCAGAAACAUAGUUUCAUGCUGUUCCCUACGCCGGUUGGAAAAUCGUACGCUUGCUCCGAGGAAACCAUAAUUCCGCUUACCGAUGGCAAAAACCACGCCAGUGUACUUCUGAGAGAUAUGAAGCUGCAGCCAUUCAAGUUCAAGAACAAUGAGUUCGCCACCGAGUUUUCGUGCACCUCGCUAAGCGCGCGCGCUGCUAGGGACGAGACUGCGCCGGUUGCGGUCGGUUCCACGCUGGCCGCCGCCGUUCUCCUGACAAUCACCGGUUACGCGGCCUACCGAUACUUCAAAGUGAAGAAGGUCAAAUAUGACACGAUGGAGUAAAGAGAAUUGGGACGAAUCAAUUCUCCACUAUCAUGACGAUGCCAAAGCGUGCGCGUAUCGCCAAAAUCAUGACUCGUAGUUUUUUUUAUUCCUCCCACGUUAAUCAUUUCUGGAAAAAAGGCUUGUUUCCGCUUUCCGUCGAGCAUUUUUUCUUUUUUUUUUUUUUUUCAAUUAAACGCAAAUCUGUAUCGACCGGAUCUGUAAUUAUCACGUAACGAUCCACAAUUAAAUCCUCGGAGAUAUAUAAUUAAACGUGUUGAUUGAACAGUCAAAUUGAAAGCGACUUCAAUUAAAGCAGGCUCCAUGUUUUGUGGGGCGAAAUAUCAAAAAAAGAAAAAAAAUUCGAGAGACUUUCGUAAACACACGUUAAUGGAUAUGAAAGGAAUUUCCAUCAGGUACAUCAGUAAAUAAACUCGAGUUUUUUAAUCAAAUAAAGUUUAAAAAAAAAUAUAUAAAUACUUAUAAAGGUAACAUUAAUUAUUAUUGAUUAAUAUUAUGAUUUAAUUAUCUCUUGAAAAAGUUUUUAUCAUUAUUUGCUUCAAUUUUCUAAAAAUUAAAUUACAAUUAUUUUUACAUUGGUUUGAAAAAAACUUUAAAUUAUAACAUUAUUUUUAUUUUGUUUUUUCAUGUGAAAUAUUUGCUUAUAAAAAUAGAAAAUCGUCAAUUUUUUUUUCAAUUAGAGCAGUUUUGGAUCACGUUUUAAUGCACUCUUAUGCAGAUAUGCACUCUAUAGAUAGAUAUCAUCGAUUUAUGACGUAACUACUAAUAUAAAAGUGUCGAGACGAAUAUGAUGCAAUGAUGGAAUUACUAGUGUAUACGCGACAUUUGUUAGUCGCGUACAUCGAAUGUCAAUCGGUUCGUUCGGAAUUUAACGGAAAAAUGACAUUCGUAUUCGCAAACUCGGAUGGUUGUAUUAAUAGGCUCUUCAAUUUGUAGAUCUUGGUCUACGUGUCGUUGUAUCAGCAUUUAAUGAGGAAUAUUCAAAAAUGUCAUUUGUGCGAAUUUUUUCUCGUUACAAGAAUUAUAUUGAUUAUGAAAUCUUUGUGGAGUUUGCUUAAUUUUCUAGAGAAAUACAUGAGAAAAACACAGUUACUUUAAUUUCCCUUGGGAUACUUGCGUCGUGCAAACAGUUGAGAUGAUAUUAAAUUGUUUCCUUCGGCAUAAAAAAACUCGCGAUAUAUCUUUAUCCAUUUGAACAUUAUUACAGAUAAAAAUAUGUAGUGUAAUAACAACUUUGAUUAUAAUUCGAAAUUAAAAAUUUCAAAAACGAGGUUCUCCGAUACCUCGAAAGAUUUGAGAGGUCCUUCUUGGCAGCUAACAAUAUUAGAUAGGUACUUAGAUUAAUUAACGAGAGUGUAUUAAUACAUUUCGAUGUGGCGCCUUAAAUUAUCUUGUACAUAGCAAUCGUCUCUAAUUUACUGAUAGAUUAUUUCCAAUUUUUUACAUCGAUUGUACUGAAUUUUACCAUGCUUUACUCUUCGCAAUGUACAGCCUCUCGUAAGUUUCUCGAUUUGCGAAAUUUAAGUCUAAGUGAUAUUUAGCUGUAAAUAUAAUGUUAAAUUAGUUUGUCACGUAUAUCCGUUAUUAUUUAUGUUUUGGAUGGGAAUGUGAAUCGUGAUCCAGACUUUUAGAGUUUGUAAUUUGAUCUCGAACAUUAUUCUCGCUCGAUAUUACGUAGUACAAGAGAAAUUGUAUAAGAGUGUGUAUCUCUCGCAAGGCUGUUUCUCAAAUAUCUUCUUCGAAAUAUUUAUAUAACUAUGUCAAUUUAAGGACUAACAGAAUAGUGAUACACUUCAUAUCGAGAGUGGCUUUGACAAAUGCAUGCCACAAUAGGAUAAUUCUUUCAUUCGGCUUAUAAAUUCUUUAUAUAUGUGUGUGCGCGUAUGUGUGUGUAUACUAUGUAAUAUAUUAUGUAAAUACAUAAACGAGAUAAAGCUACAUCACGCAUGUAUUAUGCAUGAGGCAUAAUGCGCGCAUUUAGAUUACAAGAUUACACAGAAAUUUUUCAAAUUAACCCCGACAUGAUCAUAUUUUCUUUACAAUCUCAAAAGCUUCUUCGUGUUUCUUUCUCUUACGUUCUAUUCUGCAUUUUUCUUGGAUGCAUUUAAAAAUUUUGGUAAAAAUACGCGCUCGUUUUAGGAAUUAUAUUUUAGCAUAUAGAAUUCAAAGGUGUCGUAAAUUUGCAAAGUUAUUGAUUGCGUGUCAGUUAUGAUAUACAUAUGGUAGAUAAAAAAACGCGAUUUUGCGAUAUAAUAGAAGGUUAUUUAUAUAUCGAAAAUAGCUAGUCGCUGGCGAUGGCGCGUGAUGAAUAAUAUAAUUAUUAGCGAGAAAGUUAUGAAGUACCUAAGCGUGUAAGAUGUAUACGUCCACGCGUGCAUACAUUAGGAAUAUAUUCAUAUCUACGCGUGUACAUAUACGUUAUAUAGAUAUAUACAUAUACAUACAUAUCUAUAUAAAGAGAAACGUUAUCGAGAUAUUCGCAUAAUAUACAUAAAUAUAUAUAUAUAUAUACACAUAUAAUAUAUAUAUAUAUAUAUAUAUAUAUAUAUAUAUAUAUAUAUAUAUAUAAACCUCUGUCUUCCAAAUGCAUAUUAAAGUUACUUCGUGUGUAAAUAUAUAUUACGAAUAUCAUAUAAUGUAUUUCCACAAAUUUGUCAAUCGUCGACUCGUAGAUGUGGCCGGUAGCGAGUAUCGUGACGAUUCUCAAGAUCUUGAAAGAAUUCGAAGGAGAUAAUUAACGCUAUUUCGACUUGAAAGAGAAAGAAGAUGCGCACGAUCUAAUAUAAACUAGAUAAAUCUAUUUUCGAGAUAAAUAUAUUAUUUAUAAAAAAAAAACUUACUAUAUAGUUCAUACAAUUUGUCAUAUCUUUCGGAAUUUCUGUUAUCGCAUAAUGGUCCAACUGAAUUGAUUCGAAUCGGCAAGAUCGGAUGAACGCAUCACGUAUGCUCGCGUAUGCCGUGAUCCUAUGACGAGAAAGGUCUAGCUGUAAUUAUGGAAUUGUAUUUUUGUGCUAAAGUCAAUCUUACUAUAGAUAUUAACGAAUAGUAGGAGAGCGAUGGGGAAAAUUAAUGGUGCGAUUUUGCGGCUUGCGUCUCGGUAAAUCAACGAGCAGGAUAUUUGAUGGAUCUCGACUUAACGAUUCUAUGCGAUUUAAUUUUUUUCUUUGUAAAAUUGUAUAAGAAACGAUGCGACGGCGAAGCACAAUGACGUAGAUGGUUGAAUCGCGUGUCAAUGAUGAAAUGACGUCAAAUUAUGAAUCAUAUCGCUUGACCUAUAGCCGCAGCGUGUUAAGUCUUGUAACAAUUAUUAUAAUAAUCUUAAUACAUAUUAUACAAAUAUAAUGAUUAUAAUAAUUAUUGUAUAAUGUUUAUUUUAUAAUAUAAUUAUUAUAAUGAUUAUUAUAAUAAUGCAUAACAACUGCGAAGACCGUCAGAAUGGGAAGGCGAAUUUCCGUGAUGCAUAGCGACAUAUAUCUAAUUAAAAUUGUAUCAUAACGAUAAAAUAAAGGCUGUUAUACAAAUUCACUCCAUCACA